UGAGUCAAUUAUGGGGCACCCGACUAUAUAAUCUAUCUAAAUCAACACCAGGCUGAGUGCAGAGUUAGAAAUGAACACUGGACAGGAUUAACUCUUUGGAACACUUUGGGGAAUCUAACAUUCUCCAACACUCAUGUUGUUGAAUUGACACUGUAUUCUUAACAUUCAACACUUGCACUGGAAAUCUGACACUUCUGAAUUUGCUGUGUGCUAUAAAAUGGCCCUUCAUGUCUCUAAAACACUCAAACUGCCCCUUAAUCAACUUGUUUUAACUGAAGUUUUCUCUGCUCUGUCCUCAGAGUCCAGAAAUGUCUUCUGGCAGAAACCUGCAGUCUAAAGAUCAGUUUUUCUGCUCCAUCUGUCUGGAUGUGUUCACUGAUCCAGUCUCCACACCAUGUGGACACAACUUCUGCAAAACCUGCAUCACUCAGCUCUGGGAUGCAAAUGUUCCCUACAGGUGUCCUCUGUGCAACGASCAUUUCGCCUCCAGGCCUCAGCUGAGAGUCAACACUUUAUUAAAAGAGAUGGUUGAUCAGUUCAGAGGUGAAGCUCAGCAGGAAGCCAGCAGCAGCUCAGAGCAACAAGCUGCCAAACCAGGAGAAGUUCCCUGUGACGUCUGCACUSGACCCAAACUGAAGGCCCUGAAGUCCUGCAUGGUGUGUCUGCUCUCCUACUGCCAGACUCACCUGGAGCCUCACCUGACCGCUCCACGUCUGAAGAAGCAUCAGCUGAUGGAGCCGGUGGAGAACCUGGAGGACAGGAUGUGUCUGCAGCACGAUAGACCUCUGGAGCUGUUCUGUAGGACCGACCAGACAUGCGUCUGCUUGUUCUGUCCUGUUUUAGACCACAAGAACCACGAGUUUGUUCCUCUGAGAGAAGAAUCUGAAGGAAAGAAGGCAGAGCUGAGGAAGACGGAGGCUCAAGUUCAGGAAAUGAUCCAGAAGAGACGACUGAAGAUCCAGGAGAUCAGAGAGUCGGUGAAGAUCAGUAGAGAUGCUGCAGACAGAGAGAAAGCUGGAGGUGUUCAGGUCUUCACGGCUCUGAAGGAGUCUGCUGAGAGAGGCCUGAAGGAGCUCAUCAAGGAGAUCCAAGACAAACAGGAAGCUACAGUGAAACAGGCUGAAGGCUUCAUCAGAGAUCUGGAGCAGGAGAUCUCUGRGCUGAAGAAGAGGAGCUCUGAGGUGAAGCAGCUCUCACAGGAUGAAGAUCCCCUCCACCUCCUCCAAAGCUUCUCCUCCCUGAAAGMUGCUCCACCCACCAAGACCUGGACAGAGGUCAGAGUUCAUCCACCAUACUAUGGGGGGACUGUGGUGAGAGCUGUGGCUGAGCUGCAGGAGAUGAUGAAGAGGAUGAUGGAGGCUGAGAUGAAGAGGAUCCAGCAGUUUGCUGUUGAUGUGACUCUGGAUCCUCAUACGGCUCAUGCUAGUCUCAUCCUGUCUGAUGAUGGAAAACAGGUGAGACAUGGAGAUCAGAAGAAGAAACUUCCAGACAAUCCAGAGAGAUUUAAUCAGUGUGUUUGUGUUUUAGGACAGCAGAGUUUCUCUUCAGGCAGAUUUUACUUUGAGGUUCAGGUUAAAGAAAAGACUGAAUGGGAUUUAGGAGUGGCCACAGAAUCCAUCAACAGGAAGGGAGACAUCACACUGAGGCCUCGGAAAGGUUUCUGGACUAUUUGGUUGAGAAAUGGAAAUGAGUAUGAAGCUCUUGCUGACCCUGCAAUCCGUCUCCGUCUCCAUCCUCCUCAGAAGGUCGGGGUGUUUGUGGAUUAUGAGGAGGGUCUGGUCUCCUUCUAUGAUGUAGAUGCUGCAGCUCUGAUCUACUCCUUUACUGGCUGCUGCUUCAAGGAGAAACUCUACCCUUUCUUCAGUCCUGAUCUUAAUGAUGUAGGUAAAAACUCUGCUCCUCUGAUCAUCUGUCCUGUUGAUUGUUGCUCUGAUGAAGAUGAUGAAGAUGAAUCUGAGUGACUGCAGGUGAAGUCCAGCUGCUGGAGAGGAGAGCUUGGACAUGACCUGUUCAUCAAAUUAAAACUCAUAUCUAAUAACAUUUGAAGCGUUUUUCCUCAUUAGUUCUGCCUCAUGGUGGUUUUAUGUGAAUUUUAAUCAGAAGUGGAAAUGUAACAUUUG